UUGCUGUGGUAGUACAAGAGGAAGUGAAGUGGAGGAAGCGAAUUCAAGAUAGCGAACGAGGAGACAGUGGAAUGUAAAUAGUAUGGCUGUCAGCCAGCGAAGCUCGUUAAACGUUUUCUGUUGAUUGGGCCAACAACAGUCUAAAUUUCACUACUUUUUUUGUUGUUGUUGCCAUUUACGCUGUCAACUGGCUUCGUGGUAUGGUACAAUUUUUUAAAGAAUAUGGUUACUCGAAUUCACCAGCUGAUAUUUUCAGACGAAGCUAAGAAGUCAACCAUACCGCAUUUGAUAUCCUAGAAACAUACUGAGUCAUCCAUGUCACGAGGCAAGGGACAAGCUUGACCAGCUCCAUCUCCCUUGUAACUUGUCCAUCUCUCUGGUGUAUUCCAUUGUAUAGUCAGGAAAAGCACAACUUUUAUAACCAGAGAAGUUGUGCCUCCCCCAAAGAUAACUUUGCUCUAGUUUGCAGCUGUAGCUACAAUGGAAAGAGGCAGUGCUGAAAAUUAUCUUCUGAAUGACAUAAAACCGACAGAGCGACUGUGGAUUCUGCUAUAGCCGUCCAUCAACCCUGUUUUGCAAACUAAGGACACUGUUACUCAGGAAUACCAGGGAACUGAUUGUCGAGUAGAUUUCCCUCAAGAUUCACCUAGAAGGUCACUGCCAACUUUUAAAGCCUUGAAUAUUGUUAAUGUAAAGGGCUGAGUUUGUUUUUCUAUGCUUAUACAGCCUAAGCCUGAAGUAGUCUUUACCGACGACUUGGCCUUAUUUUCUAUUGAUUAAGGGCUACAUUGAACAUUACCCGGCUAUGGCGGAUUCUGAGAUAGUCGGAGGAGAUCUCCUGAGCGUUGUCAAAGAUGACUGCUCUCUGACAGAGGCCAUUUCUGAGGAGGGUGGCCAUGCACCAGGGUCCUCUGUAGCUAAAGAAAGCCACAAAGCAGAGCCCUUGGACUGUGAAGAUUCCACCAAAGUCCCAUCAGUCAAGACCCCAAUUAUGGAAGCAGAAGGUUCUGGCAAACGCAGUGGAACCGCACUCACGCCAGCCGCCACGUGUGCCGUCAUGUCUGAAAACGGCACAACAGAAGACGCUCAAUCCACCGCGCAGAGCCAAACUCUGACCGAAGUGAACGGGGAGAGCUCAGAGGCCAUGUUUGGAAGGUCGGACGAGAAUAGCCAGUCGGCUACAAGCGACUCUCCCUCCUUCUCCAUCCGCAGCCUGGAGUUCUUCGAGGGCAACACCGGGAAUGACGAGCCAUUGUCGUCCUACUCUGCCCUGGGCGACGAGGGCCGCUCCCCCUCUGCUGACGUCCCCGGCCUGGUCAGUGACGUCCUGGCUGCCGCAGCCACGGGAGGGGCCACCGCCGCCCCAGAGCCCAUGAUGCCGGCCUACUACUUUGUGAAAUGGAUCACCUGGAAGGAGAAGAAGACACCCAUCAUCACGCAGAGUGAGAACGGGCCCUGUCCCCUGCUGGCCAUCAUGAACACCCUGUUUCUGCGCUGGAAGGCCAAGCUACCCGCCCAGACAGAAGUAGUCACCACAGAGGACCUGAUGGCUCACCUUGGAGAGUGCGUAUUGUCCAUCAAACCCAGGGAGAAGGCUGAGGGAAUGGAGCUCAACUUUCAGCAGAACAUGAGCGAUGCCAUGGCAGUUCUGCCAAAGCUGUCCACGGGCCUUGACGUCAACGUGCGCUUCACAGGCGUAUCGGACUUUGAGUACACACCAGAGUGUAUCGCCUUUGACCUGCUGGAUAUCCCGCUCUACCAUGGCUGGCUGGUGGACCCUCAGAGCCCUGAGAUGGUGGCAGCGGUGGGAAAGCUAAGCUACAAUCAGCUGGUAGAGAAGAUCAUCGGCUACAAGCAUUCGGAAGACAGCAGCCGUGUCAGUGAAGGUUUGGUGGCAGAGCAGUUUCUGGAGUGCACAGCGACCCAGCUAUCGUACCACGGACUUUGUGAGCUCAACACUAAAGUCAAGGAGGGCGAGCUGUCCGUAUUCUUCAGAAACAACCACUUUAGCACCAUGAUAAAGCACAAGGGCCACCUGUACCUGCUGGUGACAGACCAGGGCUUCCUGCAGGAGGAGGGGCUAGUGUGGGAGAGCCUACACAACGUGGAGGGCGACGGCAACUUCUGCAACUCAGACUUCCGCCUGUGCCACCCGCCCCAGAGGAGCGUCCUCGUGACACAGCCCGACAGUCUCACGCCCCAGCAGCAGCAGAGACAGAUCGACCAGGACUACCUGGUGGCCAUGUCUCUGCAGCAGGGGGUGGCCCCGGGGCCCCUCAGUGACCUGGACCUGGCCAGACGGCUGCAGGAGGAGGAGUACCAGAAGCAGCAGCAGCAGCAACAAGGUCCCUCCCAGGCCCCAGCACAGCAGGUGAGACGUCAACUGGCAGCCAAGCCGGGAGGUCAGAGGAGACGGGAGAAAAAGGAUGAUUCCGACUGUGCCAUAUUAUAGCGACACCUAAACUUACCCUAUUCCCCCAUGAGCCUGCACUUCAUUGCAUUAAGCCAACCCCUAACACAUACACACACACACAGUUAGGGGAUUGUGCCCCUGCCAUCUCAAUGCCAAACUCACCCUUCACACUAAACCUUGAGGUUGUACCUCCCCAUCUCUCACCCUUGUUCUUCUUUGAACAUCCAGGCCAGAAGGUGGCAGUACUAGUCCUGCUUUGCUAGACCUCAGAACAGAAUCUAAACGUGAAUUGAGGCUGCAGAGAGGAAAUCCAAUGCAGUUGGUUGGUUACAGCAGAGAAUCAUAACCAAGACACGUCACAACCCAGGUAGAGUCACACAUCAGGGGUCGUCUUCUAUUCAGCUAUCACUGCCCCUCUUGAGAAAUAUGAGCGAAGUUUGUAACUGUGAUCUGGUUUGGUUUCUAUGGCAACGAGGCAGACAGUGGUCUGAUUUUGUAGACAGAAAGUGAAGGUCUAAAUUUAAAGGGAAGUCACUACAGCUCUGACCAACUGAUGCAUCUUAAUUGAUGAUGCAACUUUUGAAAUGGCAAAAAAAGUUAAAUUAAGAGCACAAAGACAACCCCCCUUCUCUGCUACCUUCUCGCCCUAGAAAGAUCUGUUUUUAAGCAAACUGUAGGGUAGUUGUCAUCUGACUCAUUUAAGCCAUGAUGGAAACUCGAGUACAUUCCUGUCCUAUACAGAACAAUGCACAAUUAUGCCUGGGUCGAGAAGCGGGCUCUGCAAGCCCGACAAACGAACGAAGAGAUGGCCGUUUUCCCCAAAGUCCUAUCUGCUAGAGUAAGCAUGGGCUUUUCUUUCCCUGUCAUAUAGUGUACUAUGCUGUAGUUAGUAGCAGGGAGGAAUUAUGCAGAAGUAGAAUGGUAUGGGCAGUGAAGGGGAUCUGCUGGAGCAUCUUUUGUGGAUGACUUUUGAGAUCAUUGGAGGGUUAAAGAUGACUAUAUGGGAAUAAGAGUCGCAUUAAAGGUCCAAUGCAGCUGUUUUGAUCUCAAUUUUAAAUAAUUGAAAGGUAAGAAUUUUAAAUGGUCAAAAAGAAUCAAAUAGCUUCUUAGGAAAGAGCCAUUUCUGGAGCAAGAAUUUUGAUAGGACCGUUUAUCUGCGAGUGGUCUGAGUGGGGAGGGGAAACCUGAAAAUUAGCUGAGAGGUUUGGAACGCUUUCUUAUUGGUCUAUUAACCCAUUUCAGGCAGGCCCAAAUGUCAUCCCAAAACCACAGGCUAACAUUUCUGAAUUUAACAGUAUUAUUCCAACAUCAGUGUGGAAAUAUAAUAUAUAUAUAUAUAUACUGAACAAAAAUAUAAAGCAACAAUUUCAAUCAUUUUAAAGAGUUACAGUUCAUGUAACGAAAUCAGUCAAUUGAAAGAAAGAAAAAAAUUAGGCCCUAAUCUAUGUAUUUCACAUGACAGGGCAGGGGUGCAGCCAUGGUUGGACCAGGGAGGGCAUAGGCCCAGCCACUUGGGAGCCAGGCCCAGCCAAUCAAAAUGUUUUUUUCCCCCAACAAACGGGCAUUAUUACAGACAGAAAUUCUCUAAAAUGACAUUAUUGUAGAGAAAUUAACAUAAAAUUCUCUGGCAACAGCUCUGGUGAACAUCUCUGCAGUCAGCAUGCCACUCAACUUGAUACCUCUGUGGCAUUGUGUGUGUGAAAAAAUGCACAUUUUAGUGGCCUUUAAUUGUCCCCAGCACAAGGUGCACCUGUGUAAUGAUUAUGUUGUUUAAUCAGCUUCUUGAUAUGCCACACCUGUCAGAUGGAUGGAUUAUCUUGGCAAAGGAGAAAUGCUCACUAACAGGGAUGUAAACUAAUUUGUGCACAAAGUCUGAGAGAAAUACGCUUUUUGUGCGAAUGCAACAUUUCUGGGAUCUUUUACUUCAGCUCAUGAAACAUGGGACCAACACUUUACAUGUCGCGUUUAUAUUUUUGUUCAGUCUACAUUUGUUCAGACAGGUAAAUCACCUUUUGACUGCACUGGGCCUUCAAGCAAAUCUGGUGCUUAAACCAACUAUGAGAAGUCUGCAUUUGAUUUACAUUACUUAGGAAUAAAGUUCUGGCAGUUAAUUAAGUUUUGAGAUGGUCGGCUAUACAGGGCCUUUUGAAGUAGCUUUAGGGGGAGGGGCUUUCAGCAACACUACAGAAAUAGGCCACACCUUGACGCCAACUGUUAAUCGUCACCACUUCUUGCUUUGAAUUUAAUUUGUCAUGUCAGUAAAGGAAAAUCUAAACAAAUUA